AUGGUGAACGAUACUCAAAACGCGACGCAAAACACGUCGAGCGGGGAGCUCGGUGAGGUCUAUCAAGCACUCUGGCUGUUGGGGAUAUCUGUAUCGCUCCUCGGUCUCCUGUCGAAGGUAGCGCUGUUCGUCGCAAUACCGAAGUGCAGAAAAUUCGACGAGAAACUCUUGUUCCAGCUGACGCUGGCCAGGACCCUCAACACCGGCUGCGAGUACCACAUAAUGUGCGUUCCCUUCACCAGCACCGUGCUGAAGGAUAUCGUUUUCGCGACGUACAUCCAGACCGACUUAGUGCUGGUGCUGUGGAUGUUCGUCUUUUCGAAGAACCUUUACAACAAGGUGGUCCUGGUCUUCGCCGUGGACAAGCCGCGGCUAGCGUUGACCGCGGCUCUGAUAUGGACGGCGACGCUGCCGUUUGGCGCGCUGUGCCCGUUCCUCCUGAAGAUCCGUUGCUUCACUAUAUAUUACCAAGUGUACGCUCACCUCAAGCUGCUGAUAACACUGGUUAACGCCCUGAUCUUCGUCGAGAUCUUCAACGUCGCAAUCAAGAGGGGUAGCUCCACCGGCCGCAACGCCAGAGACCUGGUGAAGAGCUCGAUUGUAGCCUUCAUUCUCAUCUGCAUCACAAGCCUCCAAGUGCUCGUUACGGACAUACUUUCCUUCUACUACUACCAGUACAAGAUGCUCGUGAACCUCUUCUGCGUCGUCAACUCGUACCAGGUCGUAGCCAUAAGCGUCAUCUUCGUCAUACUAACCCAGAGCAAAACGAAGCAAUCCGUGUUCAAAUCCGUGUCGUUCAAACUAAGAGAGUUCGUGACGCCU